AUGUUCCAAGGUCGUCGCAAGCGUGAAAAUUUGAGUGAAGAUGACGGUGAGUUCGACAACCGCCGGAAGAGAACCGCCGAGGUCCAGGUGGUGACCGUGGAGAGGUUAAUGCGGGGCCUGAGCUACCAGGGCGGCACUUCGAUCGAGCUGAAGCUGGAUAACCUCGCUUAUUUGCUAAGCAAGGACAUCAGGGCCGAGCUCAAGGAGCACAUACUGCACCUGCUUAUAACCUGCGUGGGCGAUCACCCCGGUCAGUCGAGUGCCUAUGCCACUUUUGUGGGCCUGUUGAACAUCGGCAGCUUCGAGUUCGCCUCCGAAUGCCUAUCCUUCAUGUUGCAGAAGCUGCACGAUUCCUUCCGCACUCGCGAGUGGUUAAAGAUCCUGGGAGUAGUCCACUUCUUUGUGGAUCUGUACAACUGCCAUGUGAUCAGCUCGUCGACGGUGCUGAAAUUCCUAGCGGAUUUCGUGAAGGAGUGCGCGAACGUGAGAGAUCCGGACGAAGUGGAGGACUGCGAGCCGCAGACCCGUCUCGAUUGGCUGGCCUACUGUGUGCUCUCCGCCGUUCCCCUGAUUGGUCGCGCUCUGGAGGGGAAGGCGGUAUUCGAGGGUCUGAUGCUCACGCUGCAGAUUUACGUCAAGAAGCGAUGCACCCUGCCCGCCGCCGUCUUGGGUAUUUGGCGGGACUCCAAGCAGAGGGACUACCUGGAGCUGCUGUGGCACCAGGUGGACGAUCUGAGGCAGGAACGGUGGGCCGAGCCGCAGCACCAGUUGAUUCCGCGGCCCUAUCUGGCCUUCGACGAGAGCCUGAGUGGCGGACAGCCGCACAGCUUGCCCGAUUUCCAAAUAACAGUCCAUGAGCAGGGAUGCCGAUAUCCCCCGCCCCGCGCCUCCUUCUGCCUUUUUUCCCACGACUUUAACGGCGAGGACCAGCAGUUGCUGCCCCUGCUGAGCAUCGAGCGGCACUUGCUGGAGGUCCAGAUCCAGGAUAUACUGGGCUCGAAUCACAAGGAGCGGAGGCUCUGUGCCGACAGCCUUCUGGCCUAUGCCGCCUCGAAGCCCCAGUUGCCGGUUCAUCACUGCAUCGUGGAGGUGAUUCUGGGCGAGAUGCUGCAGCUGCCCACCUCCCAGUGGAUCACCAUUAACUACUCCUCCCUGCUGGUGGAGCUGUGCAAGCGCCUGCCCACCAAGCUGCCCCGGCUGGUGGAUUGGGCCGCAGACGUACUCUUCGAUCGACUGGACGCCAUGAGUGUGGCCUGCUUCGAUCGUUUGGUCAACUGGCUGUCGCACCAUUUGAGCAACUUUGCCUUCAUCUUCCACUGGGACAAAUGGGGACAGAGUCUCCCGUCACCAGUCGAUGCGAGUGCCAGCAAUCUCCAGCCGAAGGUGGUUUUCCUCAGGGAGUUGCUCAAAAAGUGCCUCAGAUUAUCCUACUAUCAAAGACUGGUUGAUAUUGUGCCGGAGGUUUUGGUCGGUUUGCUCCCGAGAGCUCCGCUUCCGCACUUCAAGUUCGUCGACCAAACGCUCCCGGGUGCAAUGUUGUCCAAAAGUCUCCUUGAGGCGAUGCGCAACAAGCAGUGCUCCCCGGAAAUGAUCUCCACCCUAAUAGGCGGCACUACUGGAAUCGGACCGCUGCUCAAGAUCAACGUGUUCACCCAGAAUUGCCUUCACCUUGGGUCCAAGUCGUUCAGCCACACUUUCGCAAUACUCGGCAAAUACCAAACGGUUUUUAAGGAGAUGACUGCUGGUGACAUAGAGAAGCAGCAUGCGGUCUUGAGCGGAAUCUUCGAAGUGUGGGUUGACAACGAGCAUUUCUUUUUUGUGGUGGCCGAAAAGCUGCAUCGCAUGGAGGUGCUCGAGUGCCGAAGUAUAGUGUCCUGGAUUUUCGGUCCUCAAGUGCGCAAGGAGCUCACCAAGAUGUACCUUUGGGAGCUGCUCCACUCCACUGUGCGCCACGUGAAGCGUGUCCAUCAGCAGAAUGAAGUUGUGGAUGUGGAUAUGGAUGGGGACUGUCAAAGUGGAUCGGAUUCUGCGAUGAGGGGUAUUUUACUGGACAUCGUAUAUCGCUUCGUGAAAUCUCUUUCCGCUGCUCCGGAGGACCAGGAGGGAUCCGAGGAGCACUACUGGUUCCAAUGGGUUCUCGGCCGGCUGCAGGAGACGCUUUUCAUCUAUGCGGAUGACUACAGGAAAGUGUCCUGCAAGCUACUGAAAAUGUCUGGGGAGGCUGACCUAAGGGAGGAAAUUAGUAAGGCGAUACAGAGAUUUUUGGCAUACGCUAUGUAA